CAACUACAAUUCUGUGUUCUCACAAGCACCAGGCUACACACACACACACACACACACACACACACACACACUAAAAAAGGGAGUGCGUAAAAGGCACCGUAUAGUGGCCCACCUUAAAACCGAAUUAAGGCCCCCUUCUUUUCAACUCCUUUACGCAUCUUUUGAGUUAGUAUUUUCUGAUCUGUUGCACUUAAAAAGAAUCGGUCCAAGAGAUCCGCCGGACUUUUUUUCUCGAGCUACAGAGCACGCGCUGAAGCCCGAAACCACCCCCAGUGUUAUUUUCACCCAGAGACAGAACAACAGGGCUGCUGCAGAGAAUUCCUGAUGACCUUAUAUAGCAGUGUGGGGGUUGCAACAACACGCUCGAGCUCUCAUGGCAACAGUCCAGAGCUCUCGGAUUACUGCCGUUGCAGGGCGAGUCAGCCCAGUAACCGACAGCUUGAACGCGCCACGUUCCCAACGUUUCCUUCCCUUUACGCACGGUGGACAGUUUUUCUUCUUUUUUUAACUUCUUGUUAAACACACACCUAUUCGAGUGAAAUCGCCCCAUGCGUCGGUCGGUGUUAAGACUUCCUGUUGUAUCACCGAGAAAUGUCCCCGGAGCGAGGCUCUCUCACCGAGUGAACGAGCCUCUCCCAGUUAUGGCGCAGCAGCUUUUUACAGCACAGUACUCUCCUUUGUCUGUAAAGAAGCCAUUUUGAGACAAGAGAACAGCAGAGAAAGCAAAGCAAGUGUAGCCUACUUAUCACCAAAGGGUCUCUUUGGAUAAAAGGAAGCAGUGAAAUUUACAAGAUUUCUCCCCAUAAGAUUCCUUUCCUCGUUUAAGACUUGGAUUACAUGUUUUGAAUGCAAACUGUAAGUUUACGAUAUCAAACAAAAAUACGAAUUAUAUAUACAUAUUACAAAAGCCAAUACAGUUUUGAUAGCGUUUUAAUCACAAUUAUGUAUUGUUCAUGUCUGUCUUGUUGUAUAACAUUAAACCCACAUUUAGACAUAAAUUGGCAAAUAAAGUGAAAUAGCUCAAAAUCCAUUACCUUUCAAAACAACACUUCCUUGGUUUUAUAUGAUGUAGCUCAGUUAGAAAUGUCGAAAUUGAAGAGGUGUUUGCCUACUUGACUGCAAUCCUGUCUUCAAGGAGGGAGAGGAGAUGGUUUGCAUAUUGCCCACACAGAUAUGAUGCUUGAAGAUGCAUAUUCGCUGGCUGAGAGGCAAUGCCUGCUGAUCAAAAAAAAAAAAAAAAAGUUUUCAAAAGAGCUUUCUAUCUUUCGUGCUAAUGGAUUCCUUCCUUUUCAGGAGAUGCUAUCCCACCCCUUAUUAAUGCCAUUAUUAGAGGAUCCGAAGAUGGAGCUGAAAACAUUCCUUCCGCCCCUGCGUUUAGGCCUGUUAACUGCAUUUCACCAAAGUGCUGAGGUAAAUAUUUUCACCAUAAGAGUUUUCCCUGUUUCCUCUUUAAGUUUGACAGUCUAUUUUAUGUUAACCGUUGUAGAAACUGUAAAAGGCUCUCUCACUGGGCGUCUAAAUACAUUUAAAUAUGCCUUUGAAACAAGGUCAAGCCGACGAUUACACUUUGGACGCAUUUGGUUCUAAUAUGGCAAAUGGACAGCACAAACGCAAUCGGUUGUCUCCACGGUUGUAGGAGGAGUAGUCUACAGCACACAAGCCACCACGGGUGUUAAGCAUUGCUGUUGUGAGAGGAAAGUAUUUUAAGUCAUUAAUCAAAGCAAAUGGGUUAUCAAUCAACAGACAAAUGUCCAGGCAGCACAAUAAACUAUUUAGCAAAAGGCCAUUAUGGCCUGCUUUGUCCUUUGAGGAGCAGUGGCAUAUAACCUGGACUGUAGGCUGUAUAUCUACAUGUCUGCAUGCCAGUGAACAUUUUGAAUAAAGUUGUCUAUUACAGAUGCCAAAAUGUCUGUGAUCAAAUAGAUAGCUUAGUAGAUAAAGUGACAUUAAAACAUUUUAAUAACAGUAACUGCAUGCCUCACAUUUUACAUGAAUAAAUAAGCAAACAAAUUGAAAAUGAUUAUAAAAGAGUUGAACUUACUCAUAUCCUACAAGGCCAUAUGUGCAAUGCCAAACAAUCAGACAUCACUUUAACUGUUUCCCCCCCUAAUUUAACAUCUGCAAGAUCACACAACUGUUUAUUCACAACAUUGGUUUCUUAUCACUUAAGAAAUAUAAAUACUAUUAUAUGGGUGUGCCAUGGCCUAGUUAAGACAAAGAUGGAUUCCAGGCAGAGGAAAAAAGGCUCAAGAUGUCACAGGUCUAUUACAUCCAGUACAUUCUCUUCCUUCUUCUCAAUCCUUUAAAAGGAGGAAUCAUAGAUUUUAUCAUAGUCCGUGAGAGAUGAGGAAAUCAAGUGUAAGAUCCCUUUUGGAACAAAGGAAACCCAUAUAGGCCAUUGAGUCCUGUUUCAGGAAAAUGGCUGCCGAGAGCGCUCGGCCCCCUCUCUCUGCUCUGUGUUGAAGGACUCCUGAGCCGUGCCUCUAAUAGCAGACAGCUCCUCUGCUGCUGCGCUCUGAUUGGCCCGCUGAGCUGCCGCUGUUAACCAGCCAAUUGCCCGAGCACUGCAAAACACCAGGCAAUGUCAAACAAAAAAAAACAUUAAUUUUUUUGUCGACAAUAUGCAGUUUAGAAAUAUAAUUAAAAAAGAGAAAUCCAUACGGGGUUAAGGUUUUAUAAUUAAAAAACUCCACAGCUGUUUUAAAAGCGAGGGCCAAACACAACGGUUUGGCUCUAGUUUGUUGGUCUGGAUUAGACUAACUGACAGAGAACCAACCGCCGCAUUCCAACGGUUACAAGCAUUAGUUUGCCUGUUAAAUACAACUCGUUACUGACCGAGUUUCGUAUUAUAAUCGCAUAUUAAUCUGGGAGUAAUUUCACACUAGCAGUCAACUCGCUCCUAAGCAGCGGUGUCUCUAUUUGACUGUUUUCCCUUUUUUUUUUUUAAAACAGCCCGACAUGUAUGAAUUAGUGACCGACCACAGGUCUAUAGAAAAAACAAAAACCUGCGACCAAAGCAUUUUUUAUUAGCCGUUAGGGGCAGUUAAGCAGAUAUUGCCCCUGUGUCUAUCUUGUGUUUGCCAUUUGGGUAAAUGCAAUCGACAGAUUCCACACAACAUGAUUUAGAGAUUUAACGACACCGAGCCGUUCCAACAUCUGUAAUAAUAAUAUUUAGACACACGAACAUGAUCAUCCGAGUCGUUUAAAAGAUUACAAUUGCAUUCAAGGUUGUGUCAUAAUUAAAUUACCAGCGGAAACAGACACGAGUUUAUAGCGAAAGUGCGGCUAGCGUCGGUGGUGGGCAAGCCUAGCGGUGUAUUGUGGAAGAGACAGAAGCUACAGACCAGAGGCACACAAUAUGUGUUGGCUCUCGCCGAAAAGGAGGCAGUAUUCUUCAAGCUAAAUCAUGUAAAUGUGAGCGGCGAAAGGAAAGCGACUUCGUCUUUUCGUCAAUUAAAGAAUAACCCCUCGAUCGGACGAACCAUGUCCAAGCCAGGGGAGAAAAACAGAUUGAACGAAGACCAUGGCAGAAAGCAGAGUUCAAGUUUGGCGAACGGCAUGGACAGUCACCCCGUCUGCGGCUCGGCGGAGAAGCGGAGUCACCACUGGAGAAGUUACAAGUUGAUCAUCGACCCGGCGCUGAAGAAGGGCUCGCACAAACUCUACCGCUACGAUGGACAGACUUUCAGCAUGCCCAACCCCGGGAUACCACCGGUGGACAUCGUCCGAGACCCGAGGAUCGGUCGUCUCUGGACUAAGUACAAAGAGACGGACCUACCGGUGCCGACAUUUAAGAUCGACGAGUGCUACGUCGGCCCCGUGCCCCCGAAGGAGGUCACGUUCGCCCGGCUUAACGACAACGUUCGGGAAGGAUUUCUUUCUGAGAUGUGCAAAAAAUUUGGGGAAAUCGAGCAGGUCGAGAUCUUGUACAAUCCGAAGAACAAAAAGCACCUGGGGAUCGCCAAAGUUGUUUUUGAGAACGUGAAAGCCGCCAAAGUGGCCGUGCAGUCGCUUCACAAGACGUCUGUUAUGGGAAACUUCAUCCACGUGGAGCUGGACCCAAAAGGUGAGAAUCGCCUCAGGUACUUCCAGCUCCUGAUGAACGGCAGCUACACUCCGCAGACGCUGCCCGUUGGUGGAGAGGAGGCCAGGGAACUUUCCCCUCGGAGCCUGGCGGAAGCCCUGCUGGCCUGCGAGCCCAUCCGCAGGUUGUCGGAGGGCAGGUUGUCGGAGGGCAGGUUGUCGGAGGGCAGGUUGUCGGAGGGCAGGUUGUCGGAGAGCAGCGUGUCUGCGGCCGGAGGGACGUUGCCGCCUAGCAGCAGCUCCACCACGCCGUUGUCCCACGAGACGGGCUACUCCAGCCUAAGGCAGGACACACCCCAGUCCCAGGGAACCCCUCAUACCCCACGGCAGACGGGUACGCCCUUCUCCCAGGACUCCAAUUUCUCCAGUCGGCAGUCCACGCCGUCGUACCAGUCCAGCCGGGCCGAGAGCUCUGGAAGUUACAAAUCUCGCAGACACGAGAGUAAGUUCCAGGAUGCGUACAACCGCAGACCGGAGAAGCCUCAGUACCGCAGCAACAUGUACAGAGGUACGCCGUCGUCGUCUGAGCAAGUGCCCUUCAAACAGCACCAGCUUACCCCGCCUGAACCUCCGCCCUCCACCCCCUCCUUCACCUACACAGUGCCUCCCCCUGCUACGCCCAACUUCAAGUCGGCCUUCUCGCCCUACCAGGCUCCUCUGCCCCCCGCGUUCCCCCCGUCGGAGCCUGCUUUCCAUCACCCGGCCCAAAGGGAGGGUGAGUACCUCCGACCGCCGCAGCCGCCUCUGGCUGCCGCCACUGACUUUACGCCCGUCAAGGAGAGACCAGAAACUCCUCCGAUCCCCGAGCCCCCGCCGGAGCCCAUGCCCCACCCGACCACCCCUCCUCCUCAAACACCAGAGCACUGCCCCUCGCCCGGCUCCCCCACACUCGACCUAGAGCGCAAUAGCCUGGACUCCCGCAUUGAGAUGCUCCUCAAGGAGAAAAGGACAAAGUUGCUGCCGUUCCUGGAGGAGCGAGACUCGGACACCGAGGUGCGUAUGGAGGGGAGUCCAAUUUCCUCCUCGUCCUCUCAGCUGUCCCCGAUCCCCCCUUACACGGGCGGCUCCCAUGGUGGCCUGCAAAACUCCCGUCCCACUAGCACAGGCUUGGAGGACAUCAGCCCGACGCCGCUGCCAGACUCGGAAGAUGAAGAGCCAAUUCCCGGGACCGCCUCCCUGAUCAAGAGAAUCACUUCUCCUGUCCAGGAGAAGAUGAGCAACAGUGACCUCAAAGAUGGACAUUUCCGAGGCCACACUCCCACUGAUAAAGUUGAAACGGGCCAUCAGUCGUCGGGCGAAGACAUGGAGAUCUCCGACGACGAGAUGCCCGGGACUCCAACCAGCGGUGGAGAAUGUGGCAAAGGCAUCGUGAUGAACUCUGCAGUGUCCCCGAUGCAGAGCAUCUCCAUCCCGCCUCCCGGCUUCCCUCCUCUCCCGCACCAGGUCGGCUACCAGAUCUCCCAUCACCACCUGGCCGCUCAUGCCGCCGUCCCGGGACAUCCACACCUGGCCGGUCAUCCCGGAGUGCCUCACCAUAUGCUGCCGCCCAUGGGCUACGCUCAUAGCAUGAUGCCGCUGGUGCAAAUGGAGCUGAUGAACUGCUUGCGGUGGGAGCAGUGGAGCACCGUUCCCAUGUCCUUCCAGAUGCAGCAGCAGAUGCUGAGUCGCAUGGCUCAGACCAGAGGCCCCUAUCCGUAUCCGCAUUUCAUGGACAGCGCUGCGGCGUCGGCGCCGUACGGGGGACCCUACGCGCCUCUGACUAUGGGUGCUACGCCUGAUACCGGCGCGGUAGCACCCGGACAACAAUGGCAGCAUCCCAGUGUACCAAAGUUCAACCCUACUGUUCCUCCUCCUGGAUAUGAGACUAAAAAGGAGGAUCCCCACAAGGCCACUGUUGACGGUGUACUGCUGGUCAUUGUCAAGGAGCUGAAGGCCAUCAUGAAGAGGGACCUCAACCGCAAAAUGGUGGAGGUGGUGGCGUUUAGAGCCUUUGAUGACUGGUGGGAAAAGAAGGAGCACUCAGCAAAGGUGUCUUUGACUCCGGUGAAGGGUGCUGAGGGGAAGGAAGAAGAAAGACCCAAACCCAAAGAGACGAUGGGUUCAAGUCUGCUGGAGAACUGGAACAAGGGCGAGGGGCUGGGCUACGAGGGGAUCGGCAUGGGAAUCAGUUUACGAGGGGCCAUCCGCCUGCCCUCCUUCAAGGUGAAACGGAAGGACCCGCCUGAGGCUGCAACAUCGGGGGACAACAAACGAGCGCGGCCCUCCACUCCAGUGGACGACGAGCUGGAGGAUGAAGACCGGGAUCGAGACCCAGCAGAGCUCCCGUUGGACGAUUCCAAAAUGGACGCCGACGGUGGGUCAGCGAAGCGACGGCACUCGCGGCCUCUUGAACUUGACAGCGAGGGAGAGGAGGAGGUGGACACCUCAGGCAAGGAAGAGGAGUCGUUGUCCGACAGGGAGGAGGAGCCUAGUAAAGCACAGGCUGCAGAUAGGCUGUCAUCAGGAAAAGAGAGUGGCGAUGAGGAGGGUGACGAUGAAGACUCCUCCAGUGAGAGCGCCUCCUCAGAUUCGUCUGAUGAAGAAGGGCAGAGCUCAGCUUCCUCCAAAGCCAGCUCGGACGCCUCGGCAGAAAGCGCAGACUCCUCUGAGUACGAGUUAAGCUCGGAGGAGGAGGAGGAGGAGGAGGAGGAAGAAGAAGAGGAGGAUGCGGCGGCAGCAGUGCAAGAUGUGGAGCUUGAAGGCAAAGUGGCGGAGACCUCCUCGUCCUCUUCAUCUUCUUCAAUUUCCUCUUCUGAUGAAGACGAAGGGAAGGCAGAGACCAAGCAACCGUGCCCUCCUUCGGGGAUGGUCCCAGGGGAUACGGAGUACCAGAGGAGCAGAGAGAAGCUAAGCGGCAAACCCAAAUGCAGACCUCCUAGUCCUGAGGCGGAGGUGACGGAGGACCUGAAGCCUCCGUCACCCAAAGGCAUCCCAGUCAAAGAGCGAGACAUCAGCGUGGACGGUAACAUUCCUGCAGUGAAGGAGCAUGUAGCAAAUCUUCGGCCGCCCACUCCCACCGGCGCCCUGCCCGACAGCGACCAGGAGACGAAAGGUAAAGCAGAGCCUGAGGAAGUACCCUGCACCCCCGGUCGAUUAGCCCCGUCCCCCGUAAAUGCUAACACACCUGUCCCCAAAACUGUCUCCGCAUCUUUACUGCACCUCCCUCUCCCUGCUCACCUGGCUGUAGAAGGUCGAUCCCUCCUUCAUCCUUCAUCCGCCCCCCUGCCUGACCUCCCUAUGCGGCCCCGGCUCCCCACAGACGAGGACAUCCCCCGCACACCGGGCAGGGACCUGAUGGAGCGCGCCCGAAGUCUGGGCAAGUCCCAGAGCACAGACACUGUGCCCAUCACACCCGGCGGCGAUGCCCCGCUGACAGGUAGCGGCCUGUUGCUCAGCUCCCCUCACAUCCCCGGUAGCCCCUUUACCUACCCUGCACAAUCCCCUGUCCUUAGCGCUGGAGUCCCCCGCACUCCAGGAAGAGACUUAACCUUCACCCCUGUCUUCCCUGACCCCACAGCACUGGCUCUUAAUAGGAAAAUAUCCACCGAGAGCCUAGACGAGAGACCCGUUUUUAAAGAGCCGCCCGUCAGCACUCUGCCCAGCCAGGCCCCGUCAGCCGGUGUCCCUGAAGAUCUGCCCGCUGGUCUCCCUGUAGACGUCCCUGUGCCGUCAGAUACUGCCCCAUCAAAGAGGAAACCUGGACGACCCAAAGGCAAAAAGACUCCAGCUGUCUCUGCAGCUGAUGAGUCUUUGGAGCUCUCGUCUGAGUCCACCCUCCUGCCUCCCGACGCACGCCUCAGCGAUCUGUCCACGCAGACGAUCUCCGCCAAGUCCCUGCACCACCCGAGCCUGGACUUCAGGGAAGGAGACGUGAAGCCCCAGGCGGUCCUACCCGUUGACGACGGCUUCCCGUCCUACAAAGAAAAGGCACCUGUGGCCGUGAAGCCGGCGCGGAGGGCACGGCGAGGCUGGGAGGAGCUGCUGCUGGACACCCUGUCCCCCGUCACCUCGCCUCCCCGGCCGUACUUCAAUCCACGCUACGAGUUUGAGGAGAUGACCAUCCUGUAUGACAUCUGGAACGAAGGCAUAGAUGACGAAGACAUGCGGCUUCUGCAGAUCACGUAUGAGAAGAUGCUCCAGCAGGAUAACGGCAACGACUGGCUCAACGACACGCUCUGGGUCAACCAUCCUCCAACCAACAUCCCAAGAGUGAAGAAAAAGAGAAGAGACGACGGCAUGAGAGAUCACAUGACUGGCUGCGCGCGAAGCGAGGGAUACUACAAGAUCGACAAGAAGGACAAGAUCAAGUACCUUCAGAGCACAGACCUGCAGUUAGAGGAGCAGUUAGUCGACAUGCAGGGCAUGAGUAUUCCUGCACAGGUCCAGAGCUCCAGAGCUGGCUCGGAGCGGCGGUCGGAGCAGCGGCGUUUGUUGUCCUCGUUCGCGUGUGACAGCGACCUGCUGAAGUUCAACCAGCUGAAGUUCCGUAAGAAAAGAAUCAGAUUCUGCAAGUCACACAUCCACGACUGGGGUCUGUUUGCUAUGGAGCCCAUCGCCGCAGAUGAGAUGGUGAUAGAGUACGUGGGACAAAACAUCAGACAGGUGAUUGCGGACAUGCGGGAGAAGCGCUACGAGGACGAGGGCAUCGGUAGCAGCUACAUGUUCCGCGUCGACCACGACACGAUCAUAGAUGCCACAAAGUGUGGCAACUUCGCCCGUUUCAUCAACCACAGCUGCAAUCCCAACUGCUAUGCGAAGGUCAUCACAGUGGAGUCUCAAAAGAAGAUCGUGAUCUACUCCAGACAGCCCAUUAAUGUCAACGAGGAGAUCACGUACGACUACAAGUUCCCCAUCGAGGACGAGAAGAUCCCCUGUUUGUGUGGGGCGGAGAACUGUAGGGGAACGCUGAACUAACGUUCCACGUGAGCUCAAUCUUCUCCAGGCUGUUAAAAGUGCUGUCCUUAAAUUUCAGUCAAGAUUUCUCGACCAGCACAUGCUGAGACUCUGGACGAGGAGGAACUGAAGUGGGAAGGUCUGGUUUUUUUUUUUUUUUUUUUUUGAUGGAGGAGAAUAAAGCUGCAAGUCGUCUGUACGGCCCUCUUCACACAUUCAACUCUAGAUUGUUUACGAUUUAUGGUGCUCUUGAAAAUAGAAAACACGUCGUUUUUUUUAAUGUCUGCCAGUAACCGGGAACUUACUCAAACACUUGACUUGCUGGUGCAGCAUUUCAUCCUCUCAACUCGGACAGUAUUUCAGCACAGCUCCUUCCACGUCCUCUCCUGGUUUGUACAGUUUUACACUUCUUUUUAUCUCGUUUGUCUCAUAAGCUUUACGUACACCACACGUGGUACAAAAAAAAGAAAGAAAGAAAGAAACAACAACACAUGUUCAGCUGCUUUACUAACACUGCUGAGACACGCACAAGCCCGCCAGGAAAAGGCCUCUCUCUGGGAGAAGACGUGGUCGGGCAUCCGAGCAGAUGGGAUGACGGCGGAGUGUCGCGCCCCGACGAUCCCGCUUUCUCGCUCCUACCUCCUCUGCACCAGUUUCCUUGGACGUGAAUCAAACUGAUGGGAGAAAUUCAAGCAACACAAAUGGUUAAAUCCUGCCACAAAGUCUGGAAUAUUUUGGAAAUCGCGCCUGCUUUCACCAGCCAAUAACGGAUCACGCUGCUUCCUAUUAGUUUAUGCAAAAAAAAAAAAAG